UGUUCUUUAGUCUAAUAAGCGUUUUUUUCUCUUGUCUCGAAUAUCAAUGAAAUUCUUUCUCUUUAUAUAUGUGUGUCUGAUUCUGUAUCUUCUUCCUUACGAUUCGAUUACGAAAUUUCCGAGCUUUGUUUUCGUUACCCAAAAGGGUCAAAACCAUAGAGAGAAGAAAAGAGAGGAAAGGAAAAUGUUUUGACUCAUUCAAAGGAAUCCAUUAAAGUUUGAACUCAAGUGAAAAUGGGUGCCUCUGUUGAUGCCUUGUGGGCUAACAACUUGUGCUUUUCUUUUUGGAAAAACAAAAGAUUUUGGGGCUUAGUGAAACAACAUGAAGAAGAAGAGUAGAGUUACCAGAGUUAAGAGAGGUGAGUUUAAGAAGGGCUUUGGAAAUUUUUUGAAGUGCCUUUGUUCAGGGGACCAAUUGAGAACUGAAGAUAAAAUGGUGCCUUCAUUUGAAUCCCUUUCGAUUGAGGAUUAUGGUAAUGAGAUAAUUUCCAGAGCUCGCGAGAUUGCUAAGCAACCGGAUACUGGUAAUAUUGAAGAAGCUGAAUUAUCUCUUCGCAAGAAUGGUGUCUUGAACUAUGAGGAAGCAAGAGCAGUGUUAGGAAGAUAUGAAUAUCAGAAAGGAAAUGUUGAAGCUGCUUUACGUGUAUUUGAAGGAAUAGAUAUAUCAAUGGUGGCUCCCAAUAUUAAAUCAACCCUUUCUAGAAGAGUGGAACGUCGUAGGAGAAGCUCCCAAAAUAUUGAAACCCCACAAAUGUCGAUUCCUGCUGUUAGCUUAAUUUUGGAAGCAAUCUUUCUCAAAUCGAAAUCAUUGCAGGCUCUUGGGAGGUUUAAAGAAGCUGCUCAAUCUAGCAAAUUUGUUGUGGACAUAGUUGAAUCUUCAUUACCAGAAGGCUUGCCUGAAAACUUUGGUGCUGAAUGUAAAUUGCAGGAGACUAUUAUACAGGCUGUUGAGCUGCUUCCCGAACUAUGGAAGCUCGCUGAUUGUCCAAGUGAAGCGAUCUUGUCUUACCGACAGGCUUUACUCCAUCCUUGGAAUCUUGACAGUGAAACCGCUGCUAGGAUUCAGAAAGAGUUUGCUAUUUAUCUUCUUUACAGUGGAGUUGAAGCAGCUCCUCCUAACCUCCGUUUCCAAAUGGAUGGCUCAUUUGUACCGAAAAACAAUUUAGAAGAGGCUAUACUUUUGCUUAUGAUUCUGCUUAGAAAAAUUUCUCUCAAGAGAAUUGAAUGGGAUCAGUCAAUCUUGGACCACCUUUCAUUUGCUCUAUCUAUUUCGGGGGAUACCAGGUCUCUGGCUCAUCAAGUAGAAGAACUGCUUCCGGGGAUAAUUAGACGAAAUGAACGGUAUUACAUUCUUGCUCUUUGUUAUUAUGGAGCCGGUGAUUGCUCGGUUGCCUUGGACCUAUUGAAGAAAUUAAUUAGUAGCGGAGAUGAUCCCAAUCAUAUCCCAGCUUUACUUAUGGCCUCAAAGAUAUGCGAGGAAAUCCCAAAUUUCGAACAAGGAGUUCAUUUUGCUCGUAGAGCCCUCGAAAUUUUGGACAGUAGAUGUGAUCAGUUGAAAAGCACUGCCAAUUAUCUCUUGGGCGCUUCUCUUUCCUUACAGGCUAAAUCAGCUGUUACCGAUUCUGAAAGGGUAUCGAGACAAUCUGAAGCACUUCGGGUUUUGGAAACUGCUGGGAAAUUGACAAGAAUGGAAGAUCCUAUAAUCCUUUACCAACUUAGCCUCGGAAACGCUGAGCAAAGGAAAUUAAACGAUGCACUUCAUUAUGCAAAAAACACACUUAAACUAGAAGGUGGAUCCAACAUAAAAACAUGGCUUUUGUUAGCUCGAAUAUUAUCAGCUCAAAAGAGGUUUGUGGAUGCUGAAGUAAUCAUAGAUACUGCAUUGGAGCAAACCGGGAAAUGGGAUCAAGGAGAACUGUUGCGAACAAAAGCUAAACUUCACAUUGCGCAGGGUCAUAUAAGAAACGCCGUUGAGACAUAUACUCAAAUUCUUGCAAUUCUUCAAGUUCAGAAGAAAAGCAUUGGUUCUGAAAUGAAGUUACAUAAGAGUGGUAGUAGAAGAUCACCUAGAAGUUUGGAAUUAGAAAUAUGGCAUGAUCUAACUUAUAUCUAUAUAAGAUUGUCACAAUGGCGCGAUGCUGAGGUUUGUCUUUCUAAAUCCAAGUCCCUUUGUUCUUACUCCGCCACCAGAUGGCACGCCACAGGUGUGCUUUAUGAAGCUAAAGGCGAAUACAAAGAAGCUUUGAAAGCUUUCUUGGUUGCUUUGAAUACCGAUCCCACACAUGUCCCGAGCUUGAUUUCCACAGCUGAGAUUCUCAGGCAACUAAACAACGAAUCGGUGGCUAUUGUUCGAAGCUUUCUGAUGGAGGCUUUACGGCUUGACAGAAUGAACCAUUCUGCGUGGUACAAUCUCGGUAUGUUCUAUAAAUCAAAGGGUAAUAAUAAUAAUAAUGCUUCAUCAUCUUCAUUAGAAGCUGCAGAGUGUUUUGAGGCUGCAAUUAGUCUUGAAGAAACUGCACCUGUUGAACCUUUCAGAUGACUAUAUUUUUACUUGACCAAACUUUCUUUUGUAAAUCUCAGAUGAUUGAUUGUUAAUUCUCAUCAUAGCUUUGGAAAAAUAAUAAAGCUUGUGUUUUUAUUCUUUCUUUUUCUUUUUAAAGCAAGUUAUAUAGCUUUGUUAGGAAUCAUUACCCAGACAAAAACACCUUUUGAUGUAUUUCAACAAAAGGAAAAGUUAAAGUAUAUAUUUACUCUCUUCUUUCAGCUUU